AUGGUCAACUUUCUCGUAUGUGCAACCCUCGCAGUCGGCGCCUGGGCUGCCGCCGUCAAGGACGCCACCCGUCGGGCCGAGGAAACCGUCGACUGUACCGGCGUCAACGCCAUCAAUAUCCAUUGCAAAUCAUCCGAGGCGCCGUAUCAUCGUGAUCAAUUCUACGUCGGCGGCCGGUCACUUAAUGCCACCACCGGCACACUGACGGUGGAUCAGCUCUACGUGGAAAAGUUGACACCUCUCUGUAACAACCACAAGCCUAAUCCGCUUGUGUUUAUUCAUGGAGGCGGUAUUGCGGGUUCUACAUGGCUCAAUACGCCCGAUGGACGUGAAGGUUGGGCGUCGUAUUUCACGAGAAAGGGCUAUGUCGUAUAUCUGGUCGACUCCAACUCGAUAGGACGCAGCAGCGAGAAUAACUUGGCCAGCUUCACCAUGGUCGCCGGAACCUCCAACGAGAAUGUCGAGAUUGGCUUCACGGCCGUCGAGCUGUACAACUACUACCCCCAGGCCGUGCUGCACACACAAUGGCCGGGCUCGGGACAGAACGGGGACCCCAUCUUUGACAACUUCAAGAAGACCUUUAUUCCCCUGACUUCGAGCUACAUUGCUCAGGAGAAUGCCAUGCGUCUUGCUGGCUGCCAGCUACUGGCGCUUCUCGGCGCCAAUGCCUACAUCAUCUCGCAUUCGCUCGGCUCGCGGUUCCCCAUCUUGAUGAGCAAUGACUGUCCGCAGUAUAUCGCUGCUAGCAUCAAUAUUGAGGCUGCCAGCGUGCCCUUCUGGAGCUACGGGUAUGGAUUAGGAGGCUCUGCCAGUACGCCGUACGGCUUUACAUGGACCGCGGUUGACUAUGAGCCCGCCAUUUCCAAUUCAUCAGAACUCGAGAUUGAAUCUGUCGGUGAAGAGUCGCUGGCGAAACGAAACUGCUACCGCCAAAAGGAGCCGGCACGACAGCUCCCCAAGAUUGCCAGUGUCCCCUACCUCAUGGUCACCAGCGAGGCCAGCGUGCACAUUACAUAUGACCACUGCAUUGUCGACUAUCUCAAGCAAGUUGGCGGCAAUCCCGAUUUCAUCAAGCUUGCCGAUAUUGGCAUCCAUGGCAACUCUCACUUUAUGCACGUGGAGAAGAACAAUCUAGAAAUCGCUGCUGUCGUGGAGGAUUGGAUCCAAAAGCACUGA